GGGUCAUUUGAGGUCAGGAGUUCCAGACCAGCCUGACUAACAUGGUGAAACACUGUCUCUACUAAAACUACACAAUUAACUGGGCAUGGUGGCACAUACCUGUAAUCCCAGCUACUUAGGAUGCUGAAGCAGGAGAAUUGCUUGAACCUGGGAGGUGGAAAUGGCAGUGAGCUGAGAUUGCACCAUGGCACUCUAGCACAGGCAAUAAGAGUGAAACUCCAUCUAAAAAAAAAUUAUAUCAGGUAUUUUAUCUAGGAAUAAUGAUAGCGUUUUCCCCUCCUUUCUAAUCUUUAUACCGCUUACAACUUUCUACUAAUUCCAUUAGAUAGUACAUCCAGAAAAAAAUGGUAAAUAAUAGUGGGCAACUCUGGCUUGUUCAUGUUCUUGACUUCCAUGGGAAUGCUGGUAGAGAUUCUUCAGCAUUAGAGCUGGGUUUAUGGCAUUUUAUCAUGUUAAGAGAAAACACAUCUAGUCAGGUUUAACAAGAAUUGAAAAUAAAUGUUGUGGAAUUUAUUUUUUAGACCCACAGGUGGUAGAGCUUCAUUUUGGAUUUUUGGGGCUUUUUUGUUUUGGUUUAGUUUGGUUUGGCUUUGAGAAACAGGCUCUUGCUAUGCUACCCGGGCUGGCCUCAAACUCCUGGACUCAAGCAGUUUUGAUCUCCCUAGUCACUGAGAGGACAGGCUUAAGCUACUGCACCCAGCCCAACUUGAUUGUGUUUCCCAGCACCAACCCAGAUUUGUUAAAUAGUCUGUUUUCUCACUCUUUUAAAAUUAUUUUAUGAUUAUUAUUUUUUUUGGUGCUGUGACUCAAAUUUGAACUCUUUUCCUACUCUUAAAGUGCCACCUUUAUGAUUAUGAUAUGCUAAAUUUUUACACAUAUAUGUUGGUUUGUUUCUGGACUCUUUUUCUAUCAAUUUUUAAAAUUGUUUCAGGUCAGGCCUGGUGGCUCACGCCUGUAACCCCAGCACUGUGGGAGGCCAAGGUAAAAAAGAGUGUCAAGUGGACAUGCAAAGCUUGUGGAGAGAAGCAGUCCUUUUUGCGGUCAGAGUUUCCUAAAGAGCCGGAACAGCUGAGGAAGCUCUUCAUUGGAGGGUUGAGCUUUGAAACAACUGAUGAGAGCUUGAGGAGCCAUUUUGAGCAAUGGGGAACGCUCACAGACUGUGUGGUAAUGAGAGAUCCAAACACCAAGCGCUCCAGGGGCUUUGGGUUCAUCACGUAUGCAACUGUGGAGGAGGUGGAUGCAGCCAUGAAUGCAAGGCCACACAAAGUGGAUGGAAGAGUUGUGGAACCAAAGAGAGCUGUCUCAAGAGAAGAGUCACAAAGACUGGGUACCCACUUAACUGUGAAAAAAAUACUCGUUGGUGGCAUUAAAGAAGACACUGAAGAACAUCACCUAAGAGAUUAUUUUAAACAGUAUGGAAAAAUUGAAGUGAUUGAAAUCAUGACUGACAGAGGCAGUGGCAAGAAAAGGGACUUUGCCUUUAUGCUCUUUGACAACCAUGACUCCGUGGAUAAGAUUGUCAUUCAGAAAUACCAUACUGUGAAUGGCCACAACUGUGAAGUUAGGAAAGGCUGUGAAAGCAAAAGAUGGCUAGUGCUUCAUCCAGCCAAAGAGAUUGAAGUGGUUCUGGAAACUUUGGUGGUGGUCGUGGAGUUGGUUUCAGUGGGAAUGACAACUUUGGUCGUGGAGGAAAUUUCGGUGGUCUUGGUGGCUUUGGUGGCAGCCAUGGUAGUGGUGGAUAUGGUGGCAGGGAGGAUGGCUAUAAUAGAUUUGGUAAUGAUGGAAGCAAUUUUGGAGGUGGUAGAAGCUACAAUGAUUUUGGCAAUUACAACAAUCAGUCUUCAGAUUUUGGACCCACGAAGGGAGGAAACUUUGGAGGCAGAAGCUCUGGCCCCUUUGGUGGUGGCAGCCAAUACUUUGCCGAACCACGAAACCAAGGUGGCUAUGGCGGUUCCAGUAGCAGCAGUAGCUAUGGCAGUGGCAGAAGAUUUUAAUUAGGAAACAAAGCUGAGCAGGAGAGGAGAGCCAGAGAAGUGACAGAGAAGCUGCAGGUUAUAACAGAUUUAUGGACUCAGCCAAGCACAGUGGUGGCAGGGCCUAGCUGCUACAAAGAAGACAUGAUUUAGACAAAUACUCAUAUGUAUUGGCAAAAAACUCAAGGACUGUAUUUGUGACUAAUUGUAUAACAGGUUAUUUUCGUUUCUGUUCUGUGGAAAGUGUAAAGCAUUCCAACAAAGGGUUUUAAUGUAGAUUUUUCUUCUUUUUUUUUUUGCACCGGUGCUGUUGAUUGCUAAAUGUAAUAGUUUGAUCGUGAUGCUGAAUAAAUGUCUUUAAAAAAAAAAAAAAAGAUGGGGUUUCACCAUAUUGGCCAAGCUGGUCUCAAAUUCCUGACCUUGUGAUACACCGGCCUUCGGCAUCCCAAAGUGCUGGGAUUACAGGCGUGAGCUACUGCGCCAGGCCCCUGAGCUUCUUUUAUUCCCUGAGGCUCAUCUGUAGCUGCUUCUAGCCACUGAGAAGGGCAAGUAAGUGUGUGGAGGAGCUACCAGGAGGCUUUGAGGGCCAGGCUGGGAAACAAGUGACACUACCAUGAAAGAGCCUGGUUUCUUGGCCACCCUGACCGACCACACACACACACACACACACACACACACACACACACACACUGGAAAAUGAAGUCUAGUUUUGUGCCCAUUUCGGGAAUAAUGCUCUUCACUAUCCAGCCAGCAGUCUCUGCCCUGUGGAAGAGCACACUGCUAGUGGUUAUGCCAGCCUGGUCUUUUGCAACUUUGCCAUCUCCCCCUCCAGUUACUCUUUUCUGUUCCCACUUGAAUGUGCUCCAAACAGGACUACACUCCUUACCUAUCCUUCAAAAUUGCUUGUGUCAGUGUCAGCAGUGGUCUCUAUGUUGCUGAAAACAAUGAUUAGUUCUCAGUUCUCACUUGACUUACUAGCUGCCAGGCACUGGGUAUCUACAGGAAUUCUGUGUCCAUCGGACAUCAAGAAUGCUCCUGCCAGUGGGGUGUUGAGGAGCAGUGGACAUGUAUAGUGUAUGUGUCUGAUUACAGAUGUGCUCUAUUGCCCCAACGGACUUCACUUACAAAACACAGGUUCAAAGAUCAGAUUAUUAAGAAUUUCAAGACAGCAACAGCAGAGCAGAUCUCAUAGCCAUGAAGCUGAUUCUGCCUAUGGUAGGACCCAUACUCUCAAAUUUCGUUUCUUACCAUCUUUCCCUUAGACCACUCAGCUCCAGCCAUGCUGGCCUCUUCACUGUUUCUCCAAAAUGCCAGGCUUAGGGUCUUCAUGCUCAUUUUUAUGUCAUUGUUUCUGCUGGAAUUCUUCCCCCAGACAUCCAUGUGGCUUACUUCUUCAUAUCUUCCUGUUUGGGCUCAAAUGUUACCUUUUUAGAGAUCCAUUCUUUGACCAUUUUGAACACCUUAUGUAAAACUGUAGACUCUUAUGUAAGGCCUCUUUCCUGGUCUCAUCUUCCUUAGGAGCACUUAUUAGCAUCUGAUAGGUUACAUGCCUCACUUGUUUAUUUCCUAUCUCUUCUUACUUGAAUGUGAGUUCCAUGAUGACAGCAAGUCUUGUCCACUUCUGUAUUAUCUACCUUUAGAUGAGGCCUGGCACAUAGUUGGUAGUCAAUAAAUAUUUAUUGGAUGAAUUUGUGACUGCUAAGUGGAAAAAAAUGUAUUUUAUUUUGUAUUCCUUUGAUUAUCAGUGAGAGUAAGUAUCAUUUCAUUUAUUUUUUAGCAGUAUGUUAUAUAAUAUGGCAAUAUGUGUUACUUCUCUUGUGAUGUUUUUAUUCAUGUUCACUAACCAUUUUGUGUAGGGCUUUGGGUUGAGUUUGGCUUCAUUAGGUAGAGUUCAGGGUGCUCACGGAACAGCCAGAUAGACCUAAACUGUUAGUUCUGGAGAUUGCUGGUUUGUAAAUCAUUCUAGAGAUAGCAGUCAGUCAUUAGGAUUCCUGCAUGCUGCUUUAGGGGUCUUUGGGCCUUACAGAAUAUAGCUUUGUCCUCCUUGAGGUGCAUCUCAAAUGGAUGUGUUUCUCAGCAUUCUGCCAACACUUUUUAAAUUUUAUAUAUUUUUUUGUUC